CCAACCACCAACCCCUAACCAACUCCCGGUUGUUUGUUCGUCAUCACCAGGCGACAGAAUCCAGCUUCGCGCCAAACAGUUCAUCUCUUCAGGAUUUCAUUCGUGUUUCUGAGAACUAACCUGACACUAAACUGCGAGAAAGACUGUUCAUAAUGGACAUCAGGCGGUUCUUUGCACCGACUGCAGCUAAGCCUGCGGUGCAGAAACCAGCUACAAAUGGAAACACCACAACAGAGAAGAAGAAGAAGAAUCCCCUCUCUUCAGACGAGGAAGUGAAAAAGAAAAAGAAAGAGACCGCCAAGGUGAAAAGCUCCAAACCAGAGGAGAAACGCAAGGAUAGUGAGAAAAAACGAAAGAAGCAUGCAGUCAUAGAAUCAGACUCUGAGGAUGAGAAGCCAGUGGCGAAGUCAAAGAAAUCCCCCAAAGAGAAGCAGAAGACGAGCAAAACGGAGCCACCGCCCCCCAAAAAAGAUCCUGUGCAGUAUGUCUCUGAAACAGACUCAGACAGUGACAACUUUCAGACCCUGAAGAAGGUCACCAAACCCAAGCAGAAUGGCACGGCCAAACAGACAAAGUCAGAUGCGGGCAGUGCUCGUCCAGUAGUCAAAGAGGAGCUGAAGUCUCCCGUCAGGCCUUCCUCCACACACGGGAAAGCUGUGGUGAAGUCUCCUCCUGUGCCCGUCACCCCUAAGUCAGCCCCGCCUCCUCCGCCCAAAAGAACCCCCACCUCAGUACUCGACUUCUUCGGCAGUGCGACUGUUCAGCGUUCAGAUAAGAAGCUCGUAGCCAGCACCAAACGAAAAGCUCCAACUCAGGACACCGAUGAUCUGAUCAGUGAUGAGCAGAUCGCCAAACAGCUGCAGAUGGAUGAGGACAUGGAGCUGGAAAAGCAGGUCCAUGAGGACGAGGACUUCGCCAGAACUCUGGCCAUGCUGGACGAGGAGCCUCAAGCGAAGAAGGCUCGCAAAGGCUCUGAUGAGAAACCAACUGCUGCCGCAUUUCCCAAAAAGAGCAGUACAGACUCGGCUACUGGCAGCACGAGCAGCUCGUCAAAGACCAACCGAAGGGGCAGCAUGUCGGAGGAUGUGAUUGGUCCGACUCCUAAAAAGAGCUCCUCCACCGUCAAAGCCAGCUCCAAACUGGCCAUGAUGAAGAAAAAGGAAGAAGAGAGAGAUGAAGGGCCAAAGAGCAAAACACCAAUUUCGCCCACAAAAAUAAAAAUCUCUCCCAAAAAGGAGCCCUUCGCUUCGCCGAGCUCAGACAGGAAGUUCACUCCCAAAGCAGGAACCACGGCCACAACAGUUAAAACUUCUCCCAAGAAACCAGAGAGCACAAGUACGAGUCCAAACGACUCAGAGAAGAAGAAGGUAAACUCUGCAGCUUACAAGAACUUCCUCAACAGAGAUGGACCACGAGCUCUGGGCUCCAAGGAAAUCCCACAGGGUGCGGAGAACUGUUUGGAGGGCUGCGUGUUUGUGCUGACGGGGGUCAUGGAGUCCAUGGAGAGGGAUGAUGCCAAAUCCCUCAUCGAGCGCUACGGAGGCAAGGUGACGGGCAACAUCAGUAAGAAGACCACCUACGUGGUGCAGGGCAGAGACAGCGGAGUCUCGAAGCUCGAGAAGGCGGAGAGUCUCGGUACCAAGAUCCUGGAUGAGGAUGGUCUGUUGGAGCUGAUCAGAACCAAACCCGGAAAGAAGUCCAAGUAUGAGAUCGCUGCAGAGGCUGAGAGCAAAGCGUCAAUGACCAGGACUCCCCCCAGCAAGACCUCAAAGAGCACCCCCAAAUCCCAGAAGAUCUCUCCCUCCAAGGGUAAUUCCAGAUCCCCUCAGACCCCGAGCCCAUCAAAGACCAGCCUUGCACAAGGCCACGGUGCCAGGACCAGAGAUAGAGGCACUCCACCUGGAAGAGGCUCAGGUCACACAGCCCGGAGGGAGCUGGGCCUUUCCUCCUCUGCUUCUUCAGCUUCAGCCCCAGGACCAUCAUCCCCCUCACCGACAGGGGAUGACGUCAGUCUGCUGUGGGUGGACAAGUACCGCCCGCGCUCUCUGAAGACUGUGAUUGGUCAACAGGGAGAUCAGAGCUGUGCCAAUAAGCUGAUCCGCUGGCUACAGAACUGGUACAAACACCACAGCGGGGGCACUUCCAAGCCAGCAGUUGCUAGGUUUGGUAAGUUUGGAGGGAAAGAUGAUGGAUCAGGAUACAAAGCUGCUCUGCUCUCUGGACCUCCGGGCGUGGGGAAGACCACCACAGCUGCCCUGGCCUGUGAGGAGUUGGGCUUCAGCUACGUGGAGAUGAACGCCAGCUGUACUCGCAGCAAAAACAAUCUGAAGCAAGUCGUCGCAGAGUCACUUAAUAACACAAGCAUCGAAGGCUUCUACAAAGGCACAUCUCAGAAAGUGAGCAGUAAACACGUCCUGAUCAUGGAUGAGAUUGAUGGAAUGGCUGGCAACGAGGACCGCGGAGGAAUCCAGGAAAUGAUCGGCCUCAUCAGGAAUUCAAAGAUUCCCAUCAUCUGCAUGUGCAACGAUCGUAAUCACCAAAAGAUCAGGUCACUGGCCAACUACUGCUUCGAUCUGCGCUUCCAGAGGCCGCGAGUGGAACAGAUCAAGGGAGCCAUGAUGUCCCUCGCCUUCAAGGAGGGAAUCAAGAUCCCACCCCCAGCUCUUAAUGAAAUUAUCCUAGCCUCCAAUCAGGAUGUCCGACAGGUGAUCCACAACCUGAGCAUGUGGUCGGCCAAAAACAAGAUGAUGACGUAUGACCAGUGCAAGUCUGACGCAGUCAACGCCCGCAAGGACAUGAAACUGGGGCCGUUUGAUGUUUGUAGGAAGGUGUUUGCCGCCGGGGAAGAGACCCACAUGAGCCUCAUCGACAAGUCUGACCUCUUCUUCCACGACUACUCGCUAGCGCCGCUCUUUGUCCAAGAGAACUACCUGCAUGUUCGGCCAAAGGCUGCUGGUGGUGACAUGAAGUCCCACCUGAUGUUACUCAGCAAGACGGCUGACUCCAUCUCUGAAGGAGACCUGGUGGACAGACGGAUCCGCUCUUCGCAGAACUGGUCGCUGCUGCCCACACAGGCCAUCUAUGCCAGUGUGUUACCAGGCGAGCUCAUGAGAGGCUACAUGAGUCAGUUCCCCACCUUCCCCAGCUGGCUCGGCAAGUACUCCUCCACCAAUAAACAUUCACGCAUCGUCCAGGAGCUGGCCUCACACAUGGGUUUAAAGACGAUGAGUAGCAGACAGUCGGUGAACCUGGACUACUUGUACUACUUGCGGCAGGCGCUUCUGAGCCCACUUCAGAAGCGCGGAGCGGAGGGCGCCGCUGAAGCUGUGCAGCUGCUGGACGACUACCAGCUCAUCAAGGAGGACGUGGACAGCAUGAUGGAGAUCAGCGUCUGGGGUGGACAGCCAGACCCCUACUCCAAACUGGACUCUAAGGUGAAGGCAGCAUUCACGCGGGCCUACAACAAAGAAGUUCACCUGACGCCGUACUCUCUGCAAGUAGUGAAGAAGGGCCGCCGUGGUGGUGGCGGGGGGGAGUCGGAGUUGGGAGGAGAAGAAGUUGACAACGAAGUGCAGGAGUCUGAGGACGAGGGUGUCAAAACAGACGCCAUGAUCAAACAGAAGAAGGCCAAAGUCACCAAGGAGUCAAAGAAAGAUAAGAAGGAGGAUACUGGGAAGGGGAAAGGCAAGGGGAAAGGCAAAGGAAAAGCCAAGAAAUGACCGAUGACCAGAGGAGGAAAACUGUCCUGGUCUGCCUCCCUCCGCCCCACAGACUGUGAUAUUCUUCCUUUGCACUUGCAACGACGCUUUAGUGAGCAUCAGACAGUAGUGAGGCUGGUCUUAACCUCUGCAGGUAACUCAUCUGUCCCUCAACACUUGACUCUAACCACACUAAGCUAGUAAGAAAAUGUCUUUCCACUUUUUUAACUUCCUGUAGUGUUUCCAUCAGUGUCUCUAUAUCGAACAAAUGAUGUAUAUUCCAUCCAUUAUCAUGUCUGUACACCUCUGUGGUAACAUGCGUCUCAUCAGGAGUAUAGUGUAUUUCUUCCGUUAUUAGUUUGUGGUCCAGGUGUCGAGGCUGUAAAUAACGUGACUGCGAUGUUUAAGACUGUUACUCUUUGCUAAGACUGUUCCUGUAAAUUCAAAUUUUGUAAAAAAUUUCAUGAGGAUUAAAAGAGAAAUGUCACUCAAGAGUGUCAUUGAUCAAUUUCUUUGUU